GUUCCUCGACCCUCGACUGACUAGUAUCUGUUCUUUCUUUGGGGGCUGUUUGUUAGUUGAGUUGGUGGGUGGUAGAUCACUACGACACUUCUGCGAUCGCCAGAGCGAAAUGGCCAUGGGGGCGAAGAAGACAACGCCAAUGCCAUUAUCAAGCCGCCCAGGGAUGAAGCCAUCAUGAGGGUUCUCCCUCCAUGUGAAAUAGAUUAAAAAGACGACUGCGGACUCUCCUGCUUCCUGCGUCAGGGGAACCAGCAGCGGGCGAUUAUUCUUACUGCUCCUUCCCGUCGCGUAUCGCCCUACGACUGACCCACAUCCCCCCAUACGUUCGUUCACUCGUUCGUUCGUUACUAUCCUCUCCAUAGUCGUCGCUGGUGAACACGCCCCGCCAGCUACCUAGUUAAGCGGAAACAUCAUGAGCAACGCGGGAGGAGCAGCGUACCACGUCCACCUCGGAUUCUGGACGAACUGGUCGCAAGGGAAAAUCAAUGGCGCGACGUUGACGCUGGGCCGGCGCGAGGGCGGUCUGCUCGUCGCAUUCAUCGCCAUCUUCGUCGGCGCCGCGGGGAAGAGCUUCUGGAGACUUGCGUGCUACCUCCUGCAUCGCAUGCUGUCCAAUCCCACGCCCCAAGAUGGCAUCUAUCACCAGACGCAGGCCAUCCUUCGCAAUUGCGACACCGCGCAGGAUGCGGCGUGGGGGUUGUCGCAGAUCGUGUGGGCUUGGAGGAUUCCGGUGAGGUUGCGGAGGCAGUUUCUGAGAUUGGUGGGACUUAUUGUGUUGGCGAUAUUCGUGUCCGUGUCGUUUGGUGUUGCGGGUGUCUUCUCGUCUCAGAUCACGACGGACACUGCGAAUGAGGUACUGCUGAAGGGCGACAAUUGCGGGCCGCUGGUCAGUAACGAUGAGUUCGACUAUGCGAGCUAUUCGGAUCUCUUCCUCCCAAUGCAAUGCAAGAGGGUGACGGCGUACUCGAACUACGCGUUGCAAUGUUACAGCCGCAACAUCUCGUCCGUCUCGGAGGACUGCCAUCCAUACGUGAAGUCGAAGCUCAAGACGACUGUGAUCCGCAACGCGAGCUGCCCCUUCGACGAGAAGAUGUGCAAGUCCAAGGACAAGAAUCUGAUCGUCGACUCUGGAUACAUAGACAGCCUCAAGGACCUGGGUAUCAACACGCCAAAGGAGAACCGGUUCCAAUUGCGACUCGUGCAUCACUGUGCUCCGGUCGUCACUGAGGGCUACAACAUGCGGAUAAAACGCGAGGACGAUGGCGAAGAGGUCAUGCAGUACUACUAUGGCGAAUUGACGCACGCUGAGCAUGGAGAGAACUAUACGCAGGAGACGCCGACGCUGGAGAGUAAUAGCAAGCUCGAGACGAGGGGUCGUCCCUUGAGGGCUGCUCCCCGUGCAGACUACAAGCUUGGUGUAAUCAAAUCCUACGGCGGCCCAGACUGGCUGGAGAAGUACGGCCAGUGGAAACCCAUCCCAGAGCUCAAACGGCGCGACGCAGACGUGAUGCUCUUCUUCCUCUCAUCGCCGGGCAUCUUCUUCGAGCACAAAGUCGACGACCCCUGGUUCUCCGCACACCGCAACGGCGACAAAUUCUGGAGCGUCGCCAACACCUCCACAUCCCGGAUGACCUACGUGCAAGACGAACCCGUCGGCGUCAUGGGCUGCGCCAUGCAGACGCAAUUCUGCAACCCCAAUCUCCCGGAGGGCGAGCGCUGCGGCCCACUGAGCGGCUACGCCGACGACUCGUUCGACUGGCAAACCCUCUACAAAACGCCCUCGCAGAAGAAAACCUUCCAAUGGGCCGUCGACAUCUUCCAACUCGGCUUCUUCUCCAUCUCCGGCAUCGUGGACACGCUCGGCGUCACCGCCAUCACCGCGCGACAAGGCCUAACCGGCAACAACCAAGGCCCACUCCCAGACCUCCAAUGGCAACACGAAGUCGAGCACUGGGCCGACGCCUCGCUCUCCUCAGUCCAAGGCUCCUUCGUCGAAGCCGGCCAGGGCCCCGCGCCCCUCUACGAGCGCUUCCGCCGCGCGCCAAACGGCACCGAACAAACCUCCCUCUGCCGCAGCCAGAAAAUCACAACAACGAAAUACUCGUCCUUCUCCGUCCUCGGCAUCUUUCUCAUCCUGUCCAUCGGCACGCUGAUAAUGGCGCUCGACCUCCUCCUCGAGCCGCUGCUAGAGUACAUGCACGCGCACCACCCGCGCCUCAUCCCGCGCACCUCGUCGUCGGACGAGGCGACGGCGUACGCCCGCGCGGAGUGGAACCUCAACACCACGCUGCACUUCCAGCGGCUCGCGCACGAGAACCUCGGCGUCGGGACGUGGCGGUAUGGUGGGUGGUUGGGGCAUCCGGUCACGGUCGGGGAGAAGGGGGAGAAGCUGGCGAUGGUGGAUGUUAGGGAUUGGGGGCAUGCGAGGUUGGUUGCGCCUGCGGGGUGGGAUGGGAAGGAGUCGGUGUCGGAGACGUCGUCGAAGACGGGUUCGCUGAAGGGUGAGGUGACGACGAAGGCGGUGGUGAAGAAGGUUCAGAGCUUUGAUUCCGAUGACACCGUGACGAACGAUACGACGGAGAAGAAAGGGGAUGAUGAGAAAGAUGAUAUUGAGGUUGCGAGUCCAGUGGGGAGGCGUCCGCCUGUCAGGGUCGAUACAACGAGUACGCUUGUCAAUGGGGAUGACGAUGUGAUUUCUCCCUACGACAAUGACGGUGGCAAGAAGUGGAAGAAGUGGACUGUGGAGGAAGCUGUCCCGGCGAUUCCGGAGCAUACAUUGGUCCAGCAUCGAGAUGGUGGUGAUGCUGGGGGUGAGAAGAAGGUUUGAAGCAUUCAUCUGGUUUCUUGUUUUUCUUUUAUUAAGCUUUAUGCUUGGUGUUAUAUACGUCGAUGCGGACAUACCCUUUCUUUUGUCUUCACUUCGUUUCUCCUUUUUUUUUAUGACAUGAUGAUUAUUGGACUGUAG